UGUUGGCAGCCUUGGAUUUCAAUUUCAAACGGUUUUCGAUCGUGUAGUGUUUUAUGGCGUUUGUCAAAUUUAGAAAACUUUUGUAAAAGUGCAGUUUUUCUUGCAAUUAUGUCAAUUUUUAAUGAAUUACUUCCAAAAAUAAAUGAGAUAUCUAUCGCGUACGCUAAAAACUUCAAUGACGACCUAAAGGCUAUAACUGAAUGUUUUGAUAAGUUUGAAGAGGAAUAUCAGAAUGGACGUCGGAAAACGCGGGAGAAAGGGCAGAAGGAUAAAAACCUUGUGACGACUCUGCAAAGCAUUCACGAGGAUGACGAUGAAUCAACAAAAACACCAGAGGACAAUCCGAAACGGCUGUCUAACGGCAAAUCCAAAUCAACAGAAAGCCGCAGCUCUUCAGAGAGCAACAGCGAGCGGAGGCUCUCCAACAAGCGCAAUAAGAAUGAGGUGGACGGGCUACUCAGCCCCGAACAGGAUAAACGGCAGAAGAGGAACGCUUCGGUAAAGGCUCAGAGCAUUAUUAGUAAACAGGUGAAUGUAAACUUGACGCAGAAGAUGCGUCGCGAAGAGCCAGAAAAGUCCCGCGGCCGACGACGCAAGGAGGACGACAAAGAGAAUGAGCCAGACUUCACUAAUGUACAGAUCAAAGAAGAGAAAGUAUCCCUGCCCCCUGAACCGAUGGACUUAGAAUCGUUGCCAAUCAAUAUUGAAGUUAAACAAGAAGCGAAUAAGGACGAGAUUGCUAUGCCGCCGCCCGCAGCGCCCGUGCCAAAACCCCGUAAAGUAACAGAGAAGACAGUAAAAGAGAAGACAGAUGACAAUGAAAAAGAUACAUCGCGACGCAGUCGACGGAACACGAAGACACGCAAACAGACAGACACAAUGCCGCCGCCUGCCGCGCCUGUGGUGACCGCCGCCCGCGCCAGCUCCCGCCGCCGGGACGCUGACGAUCCGCCCGCGCCCUCUGUAGCCGAAUCACGACCUAAGAGAACUAGAGCUAAGAAGAAAGUAUCAGAGACUUCCCCAUCGGACACAGAAAAGGACACAACACAAACACAAGUAAAUAGUGCUGAUGUGACACCAGAUAAACCAAGACCGAAACGAACAAGAAGAGGACAAAAAGCUGCUGAAAAAGAACAAGCGAAACCGGAAGAACCGAAAUCGGAAGAACCGAAACCGGAAGAACCGAAACCGGAAGAACCGAAACCAGUGGAAGAGCCAAAACAAAUAGAACCAGAACCUGUGUUAAAAGAGGAACGUGUAUCGGAACCACAAUCGCCUAUACUACCACAGAAAGUGCCUCAAAAGGAGAAUAAAAAUAAAGAAAUUAAGUCAAGAAUACCAGUUAGUGACAAACGAGAGGCCACGCCUGAGGCUAAAGUUGUGGAACCAGAAACAGCGAACGCGUUGGACGAAACAAGAGUUAUCCAGAAAUUGGACACAAUGGUGACCAUAGACAUGGAUAAGACUGUCGUACUACCGAAUGGCGUGUACAACCACGCGCCAGUUACACCCAACGAUCUUGUGAACAUGAACGCCACAGUUGUGAUCGAGCCUUUCAACCGGGAGACGAUAGUGUUGGAGAAACAGAACGCCGUCAUGGACUGUACCGUCGUGCUUGAUAAAGAGCCAAAGGAAGUGAACAUAAGCGAGGACAGCUCAAUAAUGACUGAAGACAACAGCGACGUUGUAGAGCGCACCCCGCCCAAACCCGUGCCCAUUCCGCAGCCCACGUCAGCGGUGAAGGAAAGAGUGCAGCAGUUUGAGGAAUUGGCGUCGAGGGUGACGCGGACCAAAACCAGGGCCAUGGCUAAAAAGGAGGAGGACGUGGAGACACAAACGCCUCCAGACAAAGUGUCCAAAGUCAUUCUGUCAGCGGAGACCCUCAGCAAAAUGAAUAGCCUAAUCUUCAGCGGAAAUCCCAUACAGAUCUCGAGUUCGGCCUCGAAGCCUCGCGCCAACGUCCCAGUUCCUGUCAAAACUGUCCCAGCUUCCGCUUCCAAGGUCAGCGCCGUCAACAGAGCGAGAGAGGAAGACAGCCUCAAGAGGGAGAAGGAAGAUGCCAGGAAGAAGAAGGAAGCUUUGUUGGAAGCCAAAAGGGAACAGCAGAGACGAAAACGUGAAGAGAAGAUGGCGGCGGCGGCGGCGACGCGCUCGGCGGCGGAGAGGGAGCGCGCGGCGCAGCUGAGCGCGGCCGCGCGCGGACGCGAGGAGAAGCGCGCGCACGCACAGCUGGGGAAGCUGCACAGGAUCCAGGAGGCCGAGCGGAAGAAGCAGGAGAACGCCCGCAAGGCAGCGGAGAUCGAGGAGAGAAGACGCGUGGAGGAGCUGAGAGUGAAGCAGCGGCUGGAGGAGGAGCUGCGGCGCGAGGCGGCGCGGCGGCGGCAGCUGGAGGAGGCCGAGGCGACCAAGAAAGAGGCAGCGUUGAUGGCUAAAGAAAUUGAAAAGAGACAGAAAGAGUACUUAGAGAAACACAGGAUCAAACAGAAGAUGGAAGAUAGAAUGCACAACACCCCGCUGAAGCCGCCGCCGCCGCUGGAGCCCGCGUACAUGAGCGACGGCUUCCAGUACCUCAACUCCGACGAGGAGGAGGACGCUGUGGACAGGCCAGUGCCAGCCUGGAGCACUUCUAAGGCGCGCAAGCAGCAGCUGGCGACGCAGACGCAGCUGCGCGCGGCGCUGGUGGAGCGGCUGUUCUGUGUGCGGCGCCACAGCCCCGACCUGCGCGAGAUCUUCCCCGGCAUCGACCGCAGCCGUCUCAAGCGCACCUCCUCCGCCGUCUGGAGGACGCCGCCGCAGAGGCUGCCCAAGGUUGCCGAGUGAAGAAAUGACGUGACAUCAGUUGGUUCAACAUAUCGGGUCGCUGGCGGCAGACUGUAUAUAUAUUUUAUUGUGAAAUUAGUACUAUGUGUUAGUUCCGUUGAGAUGCUACGAUCGCGUAACGAUUGUGAUUUCCAUAGACAAUAAAAUAGCAUAGAUUUUUUAGCCAAAUUUGAAUAUUCAAUGACGUAUUAGUAUACAUAAUUAUGGAGCGAUAGACAUUUUAAUAUAAAAUAUAAAUGAUGCCUUGUAUUCCGAUUUCGUGAUCUACACAGUCACAGUAUAAUAAACACAAUACAAACCCACAAUUAAAAACCGCUCCCUAUAUUAUUAGAGUGGCAUAUUGCCUAUUACGAUACAAUUCAUAAAAUACAAUCUAACAAAAAUCAACAGAUUACAAAAAUCGUCGCUAGGGGCGCUGGAUGUCAUGCGCCGUAGACAGAGAAAACCUUAGACUUUCUUUUGUUUUGCUCAUACAAGAAAGAGAAUGAUGAGUGUUAAUAUAUUUUGUCCCUUAUCGUGUGCCAAGUUUUACAACGCCCAAGCUGACACUUCGUAUGACAGCUGUAUGGAAAUGUUCUUUAGUACAGUGUCAAGAGAAACGGAUUUUUGACGAACUAAAUUGUUUGUCAUUGCUUAUACCUUGUAAAAGUGUUGCCAGCCAACAGGAGACAGAGCUCUCAUUUAAUUUCUUCCCUUUCUGACACACUGUAUGGAUGUAUAUCUGAAAUAAAAUUAUAACGUUCCAUCUCAUUUGGCUACGAUAGCACGUCAUCUUUAUUUUCUUUAUUAUUUUGUGCUCAAUACACAUUUAAAUUUUUUUUAUAAGAAAAAAAUACCUUUCACUAAAUCAGCGCGGCAAAUUCACUUAUUGAAGUCCUCGUUCCGAUGUUCUGAAUUAUAUUUAAAAAACUAAGUUUUGACUUUAAAAGCACACUCUAAAAAUGAUUUUGAUAAAUGCCUAAAUCAGAAGGCCUACCACGAAACAUACACAACACGUGGCACGUUACUGAUGUCCACAUGCUUUGUGGUUGGCCGUGUAAAUAGGCCUUCCAAGCGGGGAGGAUAACUUCAGGUUCAUAAGUUCAGACCAAAUAAAUUAUGGUCAUUUUAUAUUUCUGUAUAUGAAAACUUCCGCAAGUCAAACCGCACUACUUCCAAAACAAUAUAAAGAAGGCACUUACCAACUAUCACCACCAGCAACGAGCUCCUGAUGUCCAGGUAUUCACGUGCUAUCAGGGGGCUUAGAUUGGUACGUUUUUCUUGUCGGAAGAUAUUUUCACUUGAACACGAGUCACAAACCAAACCACUGCACUUAUUAACAGUGUCUCCAAUAACUUAGGAGAAUCUAUGACGGUUUUCUCACAGAGGCAAAACGAGCAACUCCAAAAAUCAACAGCGUAUUAUGAGAACAUGACCCAGAAAACCCAAACAAAACACUGGUGACAUUUGCCCCUUAGAGUCUAUGGGAACUACUAGCCACCAAGAAGAUCAAGGAGGUUCAGUACCUCCGUUUAUAAUGCCCGAAAGAAAGCGCUAGUUCAAUCUUACGGGAAGUUUUCAUAUUAUAUAUAUUUCUUAUGUAUAAAGAACUAAAAAUGAAACCCAUUGGUCCAACCACUCUGUCUCCCGUAUCGUGUAAAAAAACGUCUCGACGCAAUGACAUGUUUCAUGGUAGCCUGAAUUAUCCAUUAAUUUAUGCAGCCUUAACUUAGCAAUUAAAAGAAUUAAUAAUGAAGUAGUUUAAUAUAUGAAGUAAACUUCCCAAUGAUUGCUUUAUUAUAUCUAUUUAUCGACUAGUAACAUGUUUUACAUUAUGUUAAGAGAUUAUUGCCUUGUAUCUCUAUUUAACAUGUGUAAUAUUAUCGAUUUUAUUCUUUCGUUAUUGUAAAACUUUUAUCGUUUAUUUAUUUUCAUAAAUUGCACACGGAAAUCUGUGGAAUUUUUAAUAAGGUUUAUAAUCCCGCUUUGAUGUCUAUUAUGUCUAAAAUAGUCUUGACAUAAGGAAAUUGUACCAUUCAAUAACAUGAUAAUACUUAAUUUUUCCACACAGAGUUGAAAGCUAAAUACAAACGCGAGAACAUCAUUUUUUAAUUAAUAUCAAGACGUUUUUUGAAAGCCACAUGUUUUAAAAAAAUUAUUGUCUAUUUCGAGAAUUUUCUGUAGAUAGAAUCUAGAUUUUAACAUGUUUGCGCGUUUAUGCGCAGAAUGUUCAAUUUCGAAAAAUGUCUAGUUCGCUAAAUGCCCGAUUGGAUAUUCUGUAAAUUGGACAUUUUGCAAAUUAGACAUUCUGCGCCUCAACGCGUUUGCGGACGCGACACAGACAUUUCAUUAUUAUUACUGCUAUAGCCGUCAUGUGUCUGCGAAUGUGUCCUGUGACUUGGUAAUCAUGUAAUUAUACUAGCGUUUGUGUUGUGACUCGAUCACGUGUUUUAGAUUAUUUUUUAACAUUAAGACUGUUAUUCAAUUUCGAUCGUAAGUUAGAAUAAAAAUUUACAUGGAGUAA